GGUUCUGCUUUCCACAUGAUUCGGAGCAGCAGAAUGAAUCACUGUAUGCAACUUACAGAAGCCAAGAUCUAACAGCUGAAGUGAAGUAUCAAGAUCUAACUGCUGAAGUGAAGUGCUCAGAAGAGUGUCAAAGCUGCAGAUAGAAAAGGAAAUUAUGUUUCUGAUGUAAAUCUUGCCGAGAGAACUGCUGGCUUUCUGGUUUCCAAGUCCCAUACUUCGGAGACGCCUGCUCCAUUUUAGAAUUGUAUCUACAACUAUGAAGUCCCUCUGGAUAAUCUUGUUUCUACUGGUGCAAGAAAAGGCAGAGGGAAGCAGUUAUUCCUCCAUGGCUCUUACCAGCACACGAGCACAUGCCGACGCGGCAGGCAAUACCACUCGUGCAGUGACUAUUUCUCAAGAACAACUUCAGGCGCUGCUGUGGUUUUACCGGAGAGAAGAUAUGUCCACGUGGAACUACUCCAUCCUAGCCCUGUCCAUUGCGGUAAUGUUUCUGGGCUUUCUGCUUCUGGGAAUAAACGUCAUGGCCAACAGAAACAGGAAGAUUAUCCUGUAUAAACAAAGUGCUGAUGCUGAAAAGCCAAGUGAGCCGGAAGCCAAGCCACCCUUUGUGCAUUUGAAGGAAGACAGUAACUUGAAUCCUUUAACACAAACAUUGAUUCCAAACCAACAAAGACCUGGGGAAGUUCUGGUUCAGUGGAAAGAUGGCAAUGUUACAACCCUAUACUCAGACAAGGCUGAGGAAGACGUCUAACAGGAAGUGCAGUCGGCAUCUAGACCCUAGACACAUUUCACAAAGGGUUGUGUAUCUAAAUUCAUCCUAACUGAAGCUUUGGAAGUUAAGCCCCGUUUAUCAAGUGGAAUAAAAAGAAAUAGCAGAGGAGGUUGUUCAGCGUGAGCUGCUCCUGACUCAGAUGAGGUCUGGUCCCGUCUGGUUUGAUGCCAGUAUGGUCCCAUCCCGACCUGCUGCUGCUGUCAGUUGGUUCCAGGAUACUCCUACAUACCAGCUUUGCCCACCCUCUCUCAGCUGUCAUUCGCCUCCCCUGCAAAACAAUCAGAUGAGCCAAACCAGACAAGGAAGGGGGGAGUAUUUGACGCUAGGCCGCCUGGAAAUGCCAUGCUUUAAAACACCCUGUGAAGGUUCAGCAAGAAAAAGCGGAAGCUAAACAGAUGUGCUGAGGCGUCGUUAAAAGUUGCCUUUAUUAAAAUAUUUUCCAAAAUCAUUGAA